AUGAUUCCUGCUGGACGUUGAAUUAUGUCCACAGCAGAAUCUGUGCUCUGGAAGGAUCUUCAGUCAACAUCUCCAGUAAAUACUCACAUCCUGACUACGAGCAGAUACAGUCUAAAUGUUGGUAUAAAGUCAAGAGAGAAGCUGAACAGCUGACUGAGGAUGCAGGUCAUGUGGAGUAUGAUGACAGCAUGAAGAACCAACACAUCCUCAGAUUAAAGAAGCUGAAGAGAGAUGACUCAGCAGAAUACAGGUUCACCAUCACAACAGAAAAUGAAGAAGUGAAUCAGUCUGAUUUUCCUGGAGUUACUCUGAUUGUCACAGAGCUGAGAGUGAAGAUGAGUCCUUCUGCAGUGGUGACAGAGGGUCAGAGAGUCACACUGACCUGCAGUACCAGCUGUCCUCUGACUGACAACACAAACUACAUUUGGUACUUGAACAGUCGACCUCUGACCCCGAGAGAGAACCAAAACAAACAUCUGAUCCUAGACCCAGUCAGCAGGGAGGAUGCAGGAAGCUACUCCUGUGCUGUGAAAACCAACAAAGAUAUCAGCUCUGCUCCAAAGACUCUCACUGUCCAAAGUAUCACAGGAACAUGGACACCAGCAGCUGCAGGAGUUUCUGCUGCUCUGCUGCUUUUAAUACUUCUCACUGUCUGCUGGUGUGUUAGAAGAAAGAGGAAAUCUCACCAACCUACAAGAAAUGUAAAUUUGGAUGAUUUGGAGUAUGACGACAUCGCAGCUCAUCGAGGAGAGCAGGACCUGAACUACCAAAGACUCCACGUCUACAAGAAUGAAUCAGAUUCUCUCUACUCCACGAUUCCUCCAUCUCAGCCCCGAGAACAACAUCAUAUCCACUACAAUCCUGAAUCAAAGAGGACUUGCAGACAGUCUCCAAGAAGAACCUCAGACAACAAAGAGCAGAUGAACCCUGAAAGUAUCUCAGCUCAGUCAACAGAGCAGGAUGAUCAUCACUACAGCAGACUGCACUUCAGUAAGAACCACACAGCUGAUCUCUACUCCACCAUCGAGCCACUGCCUGCUCACUAAAGAAGAGUUCGUUACCAUGGUGAUUUAAAGGGACAUUUUGUGGAGAGUUUGUGUCUGAAAUAACUUCAGUGUCACAGCAGAGACACCACAGCUGGUGUGUCUGUCAGUGGGUUUCACACUUUGUACUAAAACAGACAACACAGGAAAAUAAUUAACAGAAAUAUAGAAAUACUUCAGCUUCACUUUAAAGAGGUCUAAUGAAAAUAGGAGACAUGCUAAUGAUAUUACUUUGUGACCUUUGGGUUGUUUUACUUUCUGGGUGCUUUGCAGCUUUGACUGUAAAAUUAUUAACUCUGUUUCUGACACAACGUAAAACAUCAAAGUCAUCACGUCUGCAGGUUUAACUUCUGUCAAGUGCUGUUUUUCUAAACCACAAAAUAACAACUAAACCACACGUCUGUGUUCUCACUGUGAACACUGACAGCAGCUUCUUACAUUACAUUACAUGUAAUGUACAUUUAAUUGCAUUACAUUUAAUAAUUUCCUAUGUGUACUUUGUAAAAACUAAACAAUAAAAAGAAAAAAUGCAGCAAAGAAGAAAACAAAUUCUAAGGAACAUUUAAUAUGAUGUCAGUGCAUCGAUUCUCCACUAAAGGGCUCUGCUUCGUGGGAAAGACAUAUGAGGAAGU